CGUGAGAUUGGUUCGCCGUUUGUUUCUUGCACCGGAGAAGAGCGGCGUCGAGACGUACUAGAAAGAUUUGGGCAUCUCCCUCCUCAAAAACCUUUACCAUAAAAUGAAACAAUUAAUCCACUCUGCCAAUCUUAAAAUCCACUCCAUUACGACUAUCUUGCUGGUAAUGGGCCUCUCUUCUCCUGGACAAGCAGAAAUCGUCAGUUUGGAAUCUUCAAACAUUGAUGACGUCCUAAAUGAAGCUGGGGUGGCGUUGGUUAAUUUUUAUGCUGACUGGUGUAGGUUCAGCCAGAUGCUGCAUCCAAUCUUUGAGGAGGCGUCAAACAUCGUGAGAGAGGAGUUCCCCGAUACUAAACAGGUGGUGUUUGCUCGUGUUGACUGCGACCAGCAUUCGGACAUUGCUCAGCGUUACCGGAUCACCAAGUAUCCAACUCUAAAGUUGUUCCGCAACGGGAUGAUGAUGAAGAGGGAAUACAGGGGUCAGAGGUCAGUGACGGCAAUUGCUGACUUCAUCCGCCAGCAGCAGGUCGAUCCAGUAAAAGAAGUACACUCGCUGGAGGAAGUUAUUUCAGUAGAUAGAAGCAGGAGAAACAUAAUUGGUUUCUUUGAAAAAAAGGACUCCAAUAACUAUCACACUUUUGAAAAAGUUGCGAACAUCCUUCGAGAUGACUGCACAUUUUUAGCUGCUAUCGGUGAAGUAUCAGCGUCUGAGCGUUUCAGUGGAGACAACGUCAUCUACAAGCCUGUGGGUGAGAGCGCCCCUGACAUGGUCUACCUCGGCUCCCUCACGAACUUUGACUUGUCCUACGCAUGGACGCAGGACAAGUGUGUUCCUCUUGUAAGAGAGAUCACCUUUGAAAACGGAGAGGAGCUGACUGAGGAGGGACUCCCCUUCCUUAUUUUAUUCCACGUUAAAGAGGACACCGAAAGCUUAGAGAAGUUUCAACAUGAAGUAGCUCGCCAACUCAUCAGUGAAAAAGGGUCCAUAAACUUCCUUCAUGCAGACUGCGAUAAAUUCCGACAUCCUCUGCUCCACAUCCAGAAAACUCCAGCCGACUGUCCUGUCAUUGCUAUAGACUCGUUCAGACACAUGUAUGUCUUUCCUGACUUCAAAGACCUCGCUGUUCCCGGUAAGCUGAGACAGUUUGUUCUGGACCUUCACUCUGGUAAGCUUCACCGGGAGUUUCACCACGGUCCAGAUCCGACAGAUUCCACGCCAGGACAGGAGGAAAAUGAAGCAGCCAGCAGUCCUCCAGAGAGCUCGUUUCAGAAGCUAGCGCCCAGCGAGACUCGCUACACUAUUCUCAGAAGGGACCGGGAUGAGCUGUGAAGGAAACAGCCUGUCGGAGAUCCUGGGACUCAGUGCCACACGCCGGGUUAGGAGGGGGUUAGGGUUGGGACAGGUUAGCGGUACAGAGCAGUGACCCCCUUAUUGGAGAUAGAGAAGAUGAGGAUGACGAAGAAGGAUCAGAAGAAAACGACAUUAACAGAAGAGGAGAGUGCAGUCCACAAUACAACCAUGUUGGAAUAAUCUAUAUUUUCAUAAGUCUUUCAUAUAGUUUUUACUUUGAUUUAAGAGGAACAGGGAUAAAAGAGAAAAUGUUCUCGGCCUGUGUGAUGGGAGGGUAUUAAGACAAAAAAAAAGUUUACUUUUAUUUUUUUGAUCUUGUAAAUAUGUUUGUGCUGCAUUGGAAUCACAUUAUUGGUCUAAAUUAAAAUGCACAGUUUUCUUUAUUUAAUUCCUUUUCAUUACUCUUAUGUCAGAAAAGCAAAAGGAACAUUGUCCUCACUCCAUUUGUAUGGUUUUUAAACAUGUGGGUGGUCCUGCUUGUCUAAUGUGUCUUGUUAAGUCUCACCGACCCUAUGGGUGCAUCUCAAUAAGACCAAUUCUAGUCUUAAUUCAUUUUUAUAGCACAAGUUUUGACAAAUAUGCAUGUCUGAAGUAGCUUUACCUCCGUAUCUUCUACUAACACAAAAUGUUUAGAAAGUACUUUGGAAAGCCUCAACUGUUGCAGCUCGAUACAAAAGAUAAAGCAAUUUCAGCGCCUCCCUCCUAUUGAGAUGCAACCCCUUCCCUCCUUGACCUGUUGGUAUCACGGCUGUGGACGCCAUCUCUGACGCUACUUAUGGGUUAUUUUUUUUUUUUUUAAUAGUUCUGAACUUGAACAGAUUCCAGUAGUCUGUCAUCACCAGUGAACAGGAACUGUUUAAGUGUCCAAAUGUUGAGUGUUUGCUUUAUGUCCUCAAUGGAACACGUCAAAGCAGCAAAGUUCAACUAAGCCAGAAACACAACCAAGCUCUUCAUGAAGCCUGGUGGUGGCAGCAUCAUGCUGUGAGGCAGAUCCUGAGUGAGUGACAGCGGAAGAGGCGGACAGAGCUCCAACCCUUCUCACCUUUAAAUAUCAUUUUUAAUAAGCUGUAACCUCAGCACAUUGUUUUUGUUUUUUACUUAAAUCAUUAAUAUGCCUGCAAACAAAAAACAUUAUUUUGACCCAAUUAGAUGUGAAGAAACUGAUAAAAUGAUCAAUAUUUAAAGGUGAAUUCUUUUCAUUUUCAAUGCUAAAAAACUGUUUGUGUUUAAUAUGAUCUUGAAAUCAAAAUGGGAAUUUAUUCUUUUUUUGUGGGAAAGUGGAGGGGGGGGGGGGGGGGCAAAUGGUGAAAGAUGAAGUCUGAAGCGACAUGUUUGCAAACCCAUGUGUAUUGUUCCAUCCAGCACCACAGACACCUGUGACAUAGCAGCCCACUUACAGAGUCCUGAUGGGAGUUUGAUGCUCUUUUAAAAACGGUCAUCUCAGAGAACAACGGGUUGACAAGUACAUUAAAAACCAUUUUACAGA